AUGAGUGGACGGGGAAAAGGUGGCAAAGGACUCAGGAAAGGAGGUGCCAAGCAGCACCGUAAAGAUCUCUGUGAUAACAUCCAGGGAAUCACCAGACCUGCUAUCCGCCAUCUGGCUCAUCACGGUGGGGUGAAGCGUAUCUCCAGCCUUAUUUACGAGGAGACUCACGGUGUGUUGAAAGUGAUUCUGGAGAAUGUGAUCUGUAAUGCCAUCACCUUCACUGAAUAUGCCAAGAGGAAGACCGUGGCUGCCAUGGAUGUGGUGUAUGUGCUGAAGAGACAGGGCUGA